CCAGCAUGGAUGACAUCUACAAGGCUGCGGUAGAACAGCUGACCGAAGAGCAGAAAAAUGAAUUCAAGGCAGCCUUUGACAUCUUCGUGCUGGGCGCCGAGGAUGGCUGCAUCAGCACCAAGGAGCUGGGCAAGGUGAUGAGGAUGCUGGGCCAGAACCCCACACCCGAGGAGCUGCAGGAGAUGAUCGACGAGGUGGAUGAGGACGGCAGCGGCACCGUGGACUUCGACGAGUUCCUGGUCAUGAUGGUUCGGUGCAUGAAGGAUGACAGCAAAGGAAAGUCUGAGGAGGAGCUAUCAGACCUUUUCCGCAUGUUUGACAAAAAUGCUGACGGCUACAUAGACUUGGAUGAGCUGAAGGUGAUGCUUCAGGCCACGGGUGAGAUCAUCACGGAAGACGACAUCGAGGAGCUCAUGAAGGAUGGUGACAAGAACAACGAUGGCCGCAUUGACUAUGAUGAGUUCCUGGAGUUCAUGAAGGGGGUGGAGUAGACCCCAACCCUCACCCAGAGCCGCCUGUGCCACCUUCCAACUCCAGCCGGGCCCUGGGGUCUGGGCCAGGGACGAGGGCCCCAGGAUGUGAGCUUGGGUGUGUCCUCGACC